GGCGGAGGAGCUCCUUUCCUCAGACCCCGGAGCGUCCCAGACGCAGAGCCCGGAACUGGGGGACACGGCGUUGGCGGGGACACCGAAUUCUCCCUGGAAAAGAGACAUGAAUGUCUGCAAUGAUAUUUCCUGACAAGAAGUUGAUAGAAGAGAAGGGAAGGAAGUAACAGCUAGUAAGCAGAAAUUGGACCAACUAGGAUUUUGUAUUUGUCACUUCCAACUAAGUCAGAGAUACUAUCAGCAUUCAACCCAGACAAGGCAAAAGGAUACUUUUCCUCUAUAGUUUUUGAGAUUAAAGAUACUGCAAUGUCCAGGAAACAAAGUCACAAGGAUUCAUCGGGAUUCAUUUUUGAUUUGCAGUCCAAUACUGUGCUGGCUCAAGGCGGAACUUUUGAGAACAUGAAAGAGAAGAUAAAUGCAGUCCGUGCAAUAGUUCCCAAUAAGAGCAACAAUGAAAUCAUCCUGGUCUUGCAGCACUUUGAUAAUUGUGUGGACAAAACAGUGCAAGCAUUCAUGGAAGGUAGUGCCAGUGAAGUACUCAAAGAAUGGACAGUAACAGGCAAGAAAAAGAACAAAAAGAAGAAAAGCAAACCAAAACCUGCAGCAGAAGCAGCUAACAGUAUCCCAGAUCCCAGGAAACUGGCUUCCAUCCAAGAGGAACCGCCAGCACCUUCCUCAGAGAAAGGAGGUCUUAAUGGUUACCAUGUCAAUGGUGCCCUCAACGAUACCGAGUCUGUGGACUCCCUCAGUGAAGGUUUGGAGACACUUUCGGUGGAUGCCAGAGAACUGGAGGAUCCUGAGUCCGCCACAUCAGACAUCCAGGCACUAGAUAGAACAGGACCCAUGCUGGAGAACGGGCUCUCCGAUGCUGAGCUGAGACCUGGGACUGUGCACGCUACUCAGAAUGCUCAGCUGUCCAGGAAUGCUGCCAAAGCUCUCUCGAGAUCACCUACCACAGGACCUCAGUUUUCAAAUCUGGCCAUGGAAGAUGUUCCCCCCUCCUCCACUAACAAAAAGCUAGGUUCCAAUAUUGAAAAAUCUGUCAAAGAUCUCCAGCGCUGCACAGUGUCUCUUGCACGGUAUCGAGUUGUCAUUAAAGAAGAGAUGGAUGCAUCCAUUAAGAAAAUGAAACAAGCUUUUGCUGAAUUGCAGAGCUGUUUAAUGGACCGGGAAGUGGCAUUACUUGCUGAAAUGGAUAAAGUAAAAGCUGAAGCAAUGGAAAUUUUGCUCAGCCGACAGAAGAAAGCUGAACUACUAAAGAAGAUGACUGACGUGGCAGUUCGAAUGUCAGAGGAGCAGUUGGUUGAGCUCAGAGCUGAUAUAAAGCAUUUUGUUAGUGAGCGGAAAUAUGACGAGGAUCUGGGCAGAGUGGCCCGGUUCACCUGUGAUGUAGAAACACUAAAGAAGAGCAUCGAUGUCUUCGGACAAGUGUCACAUCCAAAGAACAGCUACUCCACCAGAUCCCGGGGUGCUUCACUUACAUCCGUGUCUCUGGGUAGCCCAAGUGACGCCACCACUGCCGCUUCCUCCUCCACCUGUGCCUCAGCGCCCAGCCAGACGAGUGCUAAUAAGAAACACCCUGCUCCCGCAGAGCCUCCUGCAGCCAGCACCAGCUCCAGCGGCCGGGGCCACCCGCCGCAUCGGGAGGUAUUGCCCGGGAACAGACGAGGAGGACAAGGCUACAGGCCACAAGGCCAAAAGUCCAGUGACCCCGCAAACCAAGGGCGGCAUGAUGGUGUGGGUCGUUCCAGAAACAGCUCAUGGUAUUCAUCUGGUUCCAGGUAUCAGAAUGCAGCCCCCCAGGCAUCAGGGAGCACAGGUGAAUGGAGCCAGGCCCCUUCUUCAGGGACCAAUGGAACUGGAGCCAGUGUGGAGCCCAGCCUGCCCAAGCCCACUUUCAAAAAGGGCCUUCCACAACGCAGGCCCAGAACCUCUCCGGCUGAAGCUGCGAACUCUUGAGGGAAAGCCCAGCCGGCUUCUCUCCUCUAUCCCACACAAUCCAACUGGAUAACUGGACUUUAGCAAACUUAUAGUUAGAUUUAAUAACAAAAAGUUUACACACAUCACUUUUUGUGCCAUUCUAAGAAUUUUUGGUCUCUUCUUCUCACUUCCUCUUUUUACCCUCUUUGGAAGGGAAGCUAUUUUUCCUUGACCUUUCCCAUCAAUGGGGGAUUGGUCCUUAUUGGCCAUUUCCAAUCAGAAUCAGAGGCAGCUGUUGCCAGGUUUCCCAAGGGUAGGCAACCCUGCUGCACAGUGUGCCCCUGCUCAGGCUGUCCUGGAGGUGGUGGGUCCCUGCUGCCCCUAAGCAGAAGCCACAAACAACGGUGUGGCCAGAAGCCGCAGUGUGUUUCAGGGGGUUGGGGGUGGAUGGGGGCGGUGAUCGGGCUCUGGAUUAGCCGGUGGAAAGGCAAGUGGAAGGGCAGGAAACAUUUGAGGCUCUGCCUCUGCCCCCAGGAUGUGCCGGUGAUCUGACACUCACACGGUUGCUGUGCCCUUCGUGGCACUGGGUUUGCCUGCCAAUUUCUUUGGCUGUUCACAGCCUUCUUUUCUGUUACCCAAGACCGCAAACCAAUGGGAAGGUUGCAUUUAAUUAAAGGCAAAAAAAACAGUG